GUUGCGAGGAUCUCCCACGGUCUCACCUGACAGCGAAACCCCCACCUCCCACACCACAGCCCACUGGGGCUUUGUUCUGCGGACGAAAAAUGCCCGUCGGUCUCUUUUUGAUCAGUUGGAAGCUCAAGAUCAAGUUGACCACGAGUGCAGAGCUAGAGGGUGGCCACGGACGUCCUACCGUUAUCCCUCAUCUCCGUAUCGUCCCAGGGCCUAACGCCCGCUAUGCAAACACCGCCUCAUGGGUGAGGAUAACGGCGGCGUGUCUUGGCCUUCAAAGACAAUAGAUCAUCCAUGUGCUCUGGCUGGAAUGACCAAUAUAAAAGCGAUUCUCAUAGCUUGGUCCGGCAUCAGUAAGUACAUCACCAGAGCUCUGUUGCAACUGGUACCAUGCCCGCCAUGUCCAACUUUACCACGGAGGAGUUCCACACCCUUCACCGUCAUCUCCGAGCGUCAUUCACCACCAAUAAGACGAAAGAUAUCCGAUGGCGCAAAUGGCAGCUGAAGCAGCUGUUUUGGCUCCUCGACGAGAACGAAGACGCCCUGGUUGCCGCGAUGACCGAAGACCUGCAUCGACACGCGUUCGAGUCCCUCUCUUACGACAUCAGCGACGUGAAAAGCACCGUCCUUACCAUGUUGAAGAACAUCGACAAAUGGUCUCAGGGCAUGCCGCCACCGGAGGCAGGCCUCUUUUUCCGAUACAUCGGCGGCGCCUGGAUCCGCAAGGAGCCCCGCGGUAUGGUCCUGGUCAUCGGGGCGUGGAACUACCCCCUCUCGACCUUGUUUUCAGUGGGAGCGGCGGCCAUCGCAGCGGGGAACUGUGUCCUCUUCAAGCCAUCUGAGGUGGCGGCCCGAACGGAGGCAUUGCUGGCAGAACUGGUCCCAAAGUAUCUCGAUCAGUCAAGCAUUGCACUGGUCCGCGCCAGACCGACGGACAUGGGGAAGAUUCUAGAGUACAAAUUCGACUUCAUCUUCUACACGGGCAGCACACGGGUUGGACGUAUCAUCGCCGCCGCCGCCGCGAAGCAUGUCACACCUACGGCGCUGGAGCUGGGCGGCCAGGCGCCUGCCAUCGUUGGCAAAACGGCCGACAUUGACGUCUGUGCGAAACGACUGGUGGCUGCAAAAUUGACCAAUCUUGGCCAGAUCUGUGUAUGUGUAAACCACGUCUUUGUGGAUUCACAGGUGCACGAUGUUCUCGUUGCACGUCUGAUAUACUGGGCCCAGCAUUUCUGCUCGGGGGACGGGCUUGCUGGGUUGGGGAGGAUGGUGACCGAGCGACACUUCGACCGACUGUAUGACCUUCUCAGUCGCACCGCGGGAAAGAAGGUGUUUGAGGGCAAGCAUUCCCGGAAUGACCGGCUCAUUCAUCCAACAGUCGUGACGGACGUGACGAUGGACGAUUCUCUGCUAUCUGAGGAGUUGUUUGGUCCUGUCCUACCUGUCGUGAAGAAGACCGUUCCGGAGGCCCUCGAGAUCCUCCGAGACAGUCCUUCCCCACUGGGCCUCUAUAUCUUCUCAAAUUCCUUGUCGGAAGUUGAUACCAUCCUAAACUCCACCAAUUCAGGCGGCGUGACCAUCAACGAUGUGGCUAUCCAUCCGGAUGUCCCGUCGGCGCCGUUCGGCGGCGUCGGAGACUCGGGCUACGGUGCCUACCAUGGUAAAUGGGGGUUUGAUACCUUCAGUCACAACCGGACGGUGGUCCGGUUGCCAGGCUGGGUGGACCAUUUUGUUGAAUGGCGGUAUCCUCCAUUUGAUGUUAAAAAUCGGACCGAGACUGACGUGCCGCGUCCAAGUUUCAAGAAAGGGGAGACGCUGGAGGAUCAGACCUCAGGUUCCGGAUGUGUUGUUAUGUAGCUAUAAGCCUCUAUUUUGGUGACAUGUAUCAUUUUGCUAUUGCU